UCCGUUACCACGCCAUGAGAACAAAAUCUAUUCUUACCCUUUUGGGCGUGAUGGCCAUUAUGCAAGCACCCUGCGACGCCAACGCUGACCAAUCAGAUAUCGACGUUGCGAAAAAUCCACCAAUCACUGGUUCCGAUGUGGGAGUGAGACAAAGAGAUGCCCCAGAAGUAGUGUUGCAGUUGAAGUAUAAUGAAGGGGGACUGGAUAAGAUAUAUUUGACUCAGUUCAGGAAGGAGAGUAAGGGAUGGGAACCGCCAGUAGUCGCCCGGAGGUCGCUGUGUGCGGACCUGUGUUACUCAGGUCUUGGAGGCGGUUCCUGCGGCACAAACUGUCCAGAGCUGAUGCCAGUAGGUCUGAAGACAGCUCUGAUCAGCUCCAACACUACUGACAUGCUAUAUGGCGAACCUAGGGUGGAAGUUUGCCCCGUGCUGUGUAAGAAUGGAUUGGGUCAGCCGCUCUGCAACUGUGGCGACAACGAUCCGGAGCCGGUGAACUGGAGUGCCGUCUGCGGGACCUUCUGUUCGUCCGAUAACUACGUAUUGCGCGGAUGCCCUACCUGCGAGGAAUCAGCAACACCAGCGAUCACCGCAGCCCUCUCCACCUCCAGGUCCUUGAACACCGAGGAGGGCUGGAGGUCGUGGUGCAACGUGCAGUGCAGACAGGGGCAGGGCGGCGCCGCUUGCAACUGUGACAGGGCCCCCUUUCAGUAAACGAUCGUAUCGGAAAUGCCAAAAUGAGCCAUUAAAUCCGAACUAGACCAAAAUAACCAUAACUUCGAUAUAAACCAAGAAGUGAAUAAACUCAAACCUCUUUUCACUAGACCACGAGAUUGGGCAUACAACAUCAAAUAACAACACAUUUUUAUACCUAGCACAACUGUAGUUAGCAUAGCUUACAGAAAACCAAACCUACUCAAACCAACACAAUAAACAUAGCAAAAAUUGCCCAAAAUAAAUGGUAUACCAAACUAACUACAUAUAGAUAUACAUUGAAGAAAAAAAAAAUCGUCGAAAAUUGUAUUUUAGUUCAAUAGUCA